GUGGUACAAGAAUUAGCAAUUUCCAGGGUUUAUAAGAUAUUGUGAUCUCGUCGUUCCUCCGAGCGGUCGAUUCCACCGAAGUGGAGGAAGAAGGAAUGGAUCGGAGACAACACGAAGAAGAGGUACAAGUAGAUGAAGCAGCAGCAGCGACGACGGGGCAGCGACGUUACAGCAAGCUCGAAGAAGCCCUCGAGAUCAAAUCCCUCCGCCGGAUCAUCAGCGCCUACCUCAACUACCCGGAUGCUGCAGAGGAAGAUAUCGUAAGAUACGAGAGAUCCUUCAGAAAGCUUCCGCCUUCCCAUAAGGCACUUCUCUCUCAUCUUCCAUUGAAGUACAAAACACUCAGACGGUGUGUCUCUGUGAACACAUACUUUAUAAUGAGCAUGCUUCAGGCAUUUGAUCCUCCACUUGACAUGAGCCAGGAUAUAGAUAUUGAUGAUCAUGAGGAUUUACAAAAUGUAUCUGAAAGUCAUCAAGCUGAAGGCUCUAAAUGCUCUGUAGAAAAAAAUGUUUUCUCAGAGCAACCUCUGCCAAUUGGUGGAAGUGAUGCAUAUGUCUCUGAGCCAAUCAAUUCUGGAGAAGAAAACAAUCUGACUGACGAGUCCUUGGAAGCAACUACUAAAGAAGAGGAGAUACAUAUGGAAGUUUCCCACGCGUCCCAUGUGGAAAAGUUUGUAAGCUCCGAGAUACAAAAACGAUCGUGCAAUGGUAAUAUAAAUGAUGUGAAGGUUGUUACUGAUCCAGCAGCUUGUUGCUCCAACCCUGAUGCUAGCAUAAGAGCAACACAUCUUGCACACACCUGGAUGGAUCCAUCAGUGCAGUUAAAUGUUCCUCUUGUUGAUGUUGACAAGGUAAGAUGUAUCAUAAGGAACAUAGUGAGAGACUGGGCAGCUGAGGGUCAAAAGGAACGUGACGAAUGUUAUAAACCUAUUCUUGAGGAGCUUAAUUGCUUAUUUCCACAUCGUUCCCAAAAAAGGCCUCCUUAUUGUUUAGUACCUGGUGCUGGACUUGGGAGACUAGCUUUGGAGAUUUCUUGUCUUGGUUUUGUAAGCCAAGGAAAUGAGUUUUCGUACUAUAUGAUGAUAUGCUCUAGCUUUAUCCUUAACUAUACUCAAGUGGCUGGUGAAUGGACGAUUUAUCCUUGGAUCCACAGCAAUUGUAAUUCUCUUUCAGAUAGUGACCAACUUCGGUCUGUUUCAUUUCCAGAUAUUCAUCCAUCAAGUGCAGGAAUUACUGAGGGUUUUUCUAUGUGCGCUGGUGAUUUUGUUGAGGUCUAUAAUGAUGAAAGCCAAGAAGCUUACUGGGAUGCUGUUGUCACUUGCUUUUUCCUGGAUACGGCACAUAACAUUGUUGAAUAUAUUGAAACUAUAUCAAAACUUCUGAAAACUGGAGGAGUGUGGAUAAACUUGGGCCCUCUACUAUAUCAUUUUGCAGACUCGUAUGGACCUGAAGAUGAGAUGUCCAUUGAACUUAGUUUGGAAGAUGUGAAAAAGAUUGCUUUUCAUUUUGGAUUUGUAAUGGAGAAGGAGAAAGUAAUUGAGACAACAUACACUGCAAAUCCUCGCUCCAUGAUGCAAAAUCGAUACUGCACAGCCUUCUGGACAAUGAGGAAAAGCCAGUGAUCAGAAUCUAUGAUUCCAUGGUUUAAAACUUGCAUGCCCUGAAGGGAGCAACUCAAGGAGUUGAGGCAAUUCAUGGCCUAUGACACCUUCAACUGAGAAGGUGCAAGAGGACCACUGUUGCAGCAAAAAUUAGUGGAGGAUAUGUUUGGGCCUAACAAACCCUUCUUUUAUAAUCAUAAAGCUUUUGUGUACUUGCCCUUCUUAGAGUUGCAUGGCACAUUGUGAAUGAAGGUAAACUAAAUUUGAAGCAUUUUAAGUAUUGCAAGUGUCAGAUCGUCAAUGAGUCUGGCAACAAUAAUGCAUCAUUGAUAUUAUACAUGUGUGUGUAAUCAAUCUGAGAUCACAAAAAGAAGUAGUCAUACUAGAAUAAAUUGGAACGCCCAA